AAUGGGUACCUCAGCGAUACGUUUUCGCCAUCAUGGGCAUGCUGGGCAUGAUCAACUGCUUCACCAUGCGCGCCUGCCUGAACGUGGCCAUCACCAGGAUGACGCCGCCGCCCAACACCUCGACGGCAUCCCUCGAGGACUCGUGCCCCUUCGAGGCGGUCAGCGGCCCUGCUUCCAACAUUAGCACUGUUCACCAGGAAUACAGGUUCAAUUGGGACUCGGAGGCGAUCGGCCUGGUCCUGGGCUCGUUCUACAUCGGCUACAUCCUGACGCACAUCCCGGGCGGCGUGAUCGCCGACCGCUUCGGCGGCAAGCACACGCUGGGCUUCGGCGUCCUGAUCACGGCCAUCUGCACCUUCCUCACGCCCUGGGCGUGCGAGGUCGGCGACGUGGCCGGCGCGGUGGUCGUCAGAAUCAUCAUGGGCCUCGGCGAGGGCGUCACGUUCCCCGCGAUCUUCGUCCUGCUCGCCAAGUGGGCCCCAAAGCAAGAGCGUAACCUGAUUGGCACCAUCGUCCUCGCUGGUCCGCAGGUGGGCACGCUUGUGGGGAACGCGCUCUCGGGGCACCUCUUACAGUUGUACGACUGGAUCACAGUGUUCUACGUGUACGGCGCCCUCGGCCUCGCCUGGUACUUCUUCUGGCUAAUCCUUUGCUAUUCAGAGCCAAGCGACCACCCAUUCAUAUCCGAUAAGGAACUGAUCUACCUGAAUGAAAACGUAACCGGUGCGCAAGAGGACAAGGAAAAGCAGCACGCCUCGACGCCUUGGGUACCCAUGCUGUCGUCCUUGCCCGUCCUGGCGCUCAUCCUGACCGAGGUCGGUCACGACUGGGGCUUCUACACCAUGAUCACCGACCUGCCCAAGUACAUGUCCGACGUCCAGCACUUCAACAUUGCCAGCAACGGCAUGCUGUCGGCGCUGCCGUUCCUCUGCAUGUGGAUCUCAUCCAUGCUGCUGAGCGCGCUGGGCGACUUCAUCACGAAGCAGCAGGUCAUGUCCAACACUCUGCUCCGGAAGGUGUUCACCACCAUCGGUAAGGAAUCGUCCAGAAGGUACCUAUAUCCAUUUUUCCUCGAGAUUUAUUCGGUAAAUUGCGGGAGCCGGGCGCCUGGGCGCCUGCGAGACUCGCGGUAGGCCACCCCGCAGUACAUGUAUGCACUGCGAGCGAGAUGUUGCCUACCCAUCAGGCGCUAUGAGAGCUUGCAUGGCAUGACAGUUCCGUAACGUGAGUGAGGGGCGUACUUUCUGGAGGCAGCGCGGCCGCCCCUAGCGCUGGGCAACGCCGGCUGAGUAGGCAACCUUUCCAGCACACAAGCCCCACUGGAAGUCUGUGACGGCUGGUUGGUCUGACCGUAUCUCUCUCCCUCCCUGCCGAGGGGUGGAUAACUCCUGAAUUGGGUGUACAAA